CGCGCUACGUCUUUUUAGCGCGCGACACGUUGGGAAUGCUGACAUGGCGGCUCCCAUAGGGUCUGCGCUGCGGCUCGGCUUGUGGACUGUUAUUCUCUUCAUUUCGGCGCUUUGCAUCCCCUCGGCUUUAGCUCUGAUUGAAGGACUUUACUGCGGCACGCAGAUCUGCUACGACGUGCUCGGGGUGAGCAGAGACUCGUCCAAAGCCGAGAUCGGCCGCGCGUACCGCCAGCUGGCCCGGAAAUACCACCCGGACCGCUUCCAGGCUGGAGACCCCGCACUGGCCGGAGAGAGCGCCGACAGCGCGCAGCAGAAGUUCCUGCUCAUCGCCACGGCUUAUGAGACUUUAAAAGAUGACGAAUCACGCAGGGACUAUGACUACAUGCUGGAUCACCCGGAGCAAUACUACAGCCACUAUUACACUUACUACAGGAGACGGCUGGCACCCAAAGUGGACGUUAGGAUAGUCAUCCUUGUGACUGUGUGCGCAAUCUCAGUUUUUCAGUAUUACAGCUGGUGGAGCAGCUACACUGAAGCAAUCAACUACCUUACCACCGUCCCCAAGUAUCGCAUCCAGGCGACCGAGCUGGCCAAGCAGCAAGGCCUGCUAAACCGCACUAAAGAGAAAGGCAAGAACCGGCGUUCCAAAGAGGAGAUCCGUGAAGAAGAAGAGGAGAUCAUCCGAGACAUCAUCAAGAACAAGAUCGACAUCAAGGGAGGCUACCAGAAACCCAACAUCUCUGACAUCCUGCUGUUUAAGAUCAUCCUGUUCCCCUACCACAUGUGCCUCUACGUGGCAUGGUAUUGCUCGUGGGUUUAUCGCUUCAACAUUCGUGGAGAAGAGUACGGCGAAGAGGAGAAGCUCUACAUCAUCCGCAAGUACAUGAAAAUGUCACAGGCGCAGUUCGACAGCCUGGACGACCACCUGAGACAAACGUUCCUGGAACGUCAACUGUGGAUAAAAGAGAACUAUGAGGUCUACAGAGAAGAGCAGGAGGAUGAGAUGAAGAUGAAGAUGGCCACGGACCCACGGUGGAAGCGCUACAGACGCUGGAUGAAGAGCGAAGGACCUGGUCGCAUCACUUUCAUUGACGAUUAACUGCACAUGCCAUACGCACAUGCAUCUGAUUAUACAAUCCUGUGUGUGUGUGCAUGUGUGUGCGUGUGUGUGUAUGCACACGUGUUUACAACAAAAUUUUGUGUGCAUUUUUAUCAAGACCUUUGACUGAAUGUCACAGAUAUGAAUAAAAUUGAGGGCUGUAUCUGUACGGAAGCUGCUGUAACUGCACUGCCUGGUCUCCACAGCUCUUUCUGAGCUGAUCUGAGGUCAGUGUCGGAGUGUGUAGCAGCUCUGUGUGUUAUGAGCAAUCUGAGCAGUGUGCUCAUCCACAUCGCUGCUGUCGGCUUUGGCCUUUCCUCGUAUUGGGAGGCUGCCUUUCUAUGUGUUGGUACCUGUUUUGCCUCUUUAUGCAUCCAAACAAAUGAAAUAUUAUAUUUUUAAAAGGAUAUUAAAGUGACUGAACAUGAUUGAUGGCCCAGUUGGGUCUGAA